AUGCCCCCCACCGGUCCAGAUUACAACAUCGACUGGAUCUGGUCAUUCGACUCCAACAUCCAUGUUGCGACCAACCGCGACUGGUUCACAACCUUCACACCCUUCACCUCUCAAAUCAGCAGCACGCACAGCAGCGCCACAUUCCUUGUUGAAGGCAUAGGCUCAGUUGAGAUCGAGGUCCGCAGAGUCAUCGGCAACGCUGCAAAGAGGAAUGUGGGUCCAAAGAACUCCAAAGUUGUACUCCGGGAUGUGCUCUACGUUCCGAGCUUCAUAUGCAAUGUGAUGGGCAAUCCAGUACGAGAGGAUUACGACAUCUCUAUUGGCGCCGAGCGGUGGAUCAUGGACAAGAAGACGGGGCGGGGAGUUGGCAUGUUGGAUAAGAAUCCUGCUGGAUUGGUGAAGGUGUUGUUGAAGGGCCAGGCGAAGGGGGAGACUGGGUUAAAGGGGGAUGUGCCGGAGAGGAUUGAUGUUGCGUGGUCGGAUGAGGAGAGGCAGAAGUGGCAGGCUCAGAAGGGGUCUUGA